GCGUUUUCAGACUUUUAGCUAGCUUUUGGCUUGAUGCCAUUCCCGACAACAUCUGGUGCACCGCGCAAAGAUAUCAUAACACCAGCACUCCAGGACGAGUCUUGUCAUUUUCCAGCCUCAUCCGUUUUUGCGCGCGAACAAUGGAUUUUUUAAAACGGUGGAACGAACAUAGGCGUCUGCGAGACACGAGGCGCAAGAUCUGGUGCCAGGUGUGCGAUCACAAGAUCGCCGCGUCGAACACGCCGCAGGAUGGCACCACUGACAUGGCGUUUGCCAACUUCGAGGAGCACUAUUCAAACGUCCACUUUGGAUUGCUUGCUGAAAAGGGCGGGGAAGACCAGAAAAGGGAAUUUAUCCAAGUUCAGUGGGAGGCUGCGAAGACACACAAAAGCCCUACCCCGUGCAUCAAGAGGGAGGCAUCGAAGUCUCGGAGUAUGUCGCCGCCGAAGCGGUCCAUGCCCCGACCCGCAACGCCCCCAGUGGAGGAAGCCGAUGCGACAGAGACUAUCAAGCAGCUCGAGACGAUGCCCAUCUCCGAGGAACAGCUAGUGGCCGAGGUGAAGGGUAUCUACGCUGGCCUCGUUUUAGUAGAGAGCAAGUGCAUCGAGGUCGACAACAUUCAGAGCUCACAAACUAGCUCCGCCAACAAGCUCGAGCCCGAUCAACGGCAGGCCUUGAUCACCCUCCACGGGAGCCUAAUUUACCCACACUACGACCCUUCUUUCGUAUCUCAGGAUCCCUCGGCAAGCCCAGCACUAAGAAAAUUGGCUGCCAAGUACAGCAUGCCCACCCGCAUAAAUAACGCGAUGGCGAGCACGUCCCGAAAGGCUGUGCCUUCAGCCCUCCCGGCUUCGCAGAAGAAUCAGAGCUUUGGACGACCCAGUUCGCACUCGACCGAGAUCCGUGACCGCAGAGUAUGUGGAGUCAUCAACGGCACGCAGAUCAGGGCCAUCCCAGAUACCGGGGCAGACGAGUCCUUCAUAUCAGCCAGCUUCCUGAAAAGGCUCAAGCGCCGGCAGCCAGCAGGACCGGGGAUGGGCAUCCAAGAGGUUGAGGCCAGGGACGGGCCCACUGUGCGGCUUGCUUCAGGCAAAACCGUCACAUGCACCAGCACGGCUUCCAUCCCGUGGACAUUCGAAGGCGAGAACCGCACCUAUCGGCUCGACUGCCGUGUCCUGCCAAAAUGCCCCCAAGACCUGAUCCUCGGCGACGGCUUCCUCCGCCUCACCGAGACGCUGACCAGCUUCAAGCACCGCAUCUCGACCACGCUCCGGUCCCUGGCCACCAAGAAACUCUUCCGACUAAACUACAUGGGCCAUGACAAGCGCCGGCUCUGGGGCCACCUCGACGGCGACCCCGUGGCGGCGCUGCCCGAUUCCGGAUCCGACAUCAUGGCCAUCUCCGCCGACUACGCCCGCAGACGCGGAUUCCAAAUCGACCGCGGAUACGACAACCGGGUCAUGGUCCAGUUCGCCGACGGCUCGACGGCGUGGACGGACGGGGUCGUGCGUGAUCUGCAGUGGGAGUUCGGGCUUACCGACGACUCGAAAGUGGCAUGCGACUUUUAUGUCCUGGAGAACUUGCCCGUCGACGUCCUCUUCAACAGCGACUUUGUGUUUGACUACAAUGUGUUUGGCCAGCACGACAACUCUCUUUUUUCCUACGGCGGCUUGCUGGAUGUGCUGGACCUGUGCAAUAUUCGGUUGGUUGGGCGGUAUUACAGAAAACAUACGAAGCCCCAGGAAGAAGGUUUGAUCGAUGUGACUUCCCCAAAUGCUUUCAGCCCUCUCAUGGUCCAGCGUGAGCUCGCACGCCGCGACGCCAUCCGUGAUAUCAUGGCCGGGCUCCCGGUGGCCGAGCGAGCCUCGGCGCAGCAAGCCGAGGUCGAAAGGCAGCGGCAGUGGGAGCAGUGGAGGGCGGAACACGCGCAGAGAUGGGCGAGCACUGCCGGUCUUGGUUCUCGGCCGCUCCGACCAGAACCAGCUAUGACGGCACAAACCUCGCAGCAAGUCGCCGCUGCGAGUUCCGGAAGAACGGGGGUACUCGUGCGAGCCGGUCGUUGGGCGUGGAAGAAUUGCAAGGUGGCCUCGAUCCCCCUUAUGCCGUUGCGGAAGCGGGUUGCGGAGUCUGUUGUUGUGGUUGUUUGAGAGAGACUUUGAUCCGCACUUGGGGACGUUUUAGGGGUCUGUUUUUAUUACAUCGUAACUGUUGCAGUCAUCUCAUUUAAUGCUAGCUAUCCUAUUCAAUGCGAGUCUGUUGUACCAGGCAAGUUGCAC